CUUCCCGCUGCCUAUUCCUGUUUUUAUGUCUGUGGUCAAGGAGGAGCAAGGCGUGCUCAACAUUCGCAACUCCAUAGCAAUCAGCCUCGUGCGCAACAAUAACAACAACACCGCGCUUCUCCCUUGCACUGUCUUCGUGUCUCAUCUCCAUUUGUACCACAGCCAAAGUGUGCCGUUGAAGCCAUCAAUGCCCCAGCUUGCCCUGCUUUAGGCCCGUAAAACGACUUUUGUCUCCGUUCAAAACUUCCCAAGCCAUGUCGCUUCAGACGCUGCCAAAGCGCGAGCUGCUCAUGGUAGGCAUGAGUGCAAAAACAUACCGCAUUGGAAACAUCGUUAGGAAGGAAUGUCAUGUACUCGUUGAUGACAUAGGCAUCACAGAGCAGAACCUGGAGGCAUGCAAAACAGAAGCUGAUGUCUACUUCAUCCUAGGCAGCCACCCACUUAUCGCCAAAAGUUUAUCAAGUGGUCCUUCAAGGGAACACGUCGAGCUCGAGUUCUAUCCCAACGGCAACCUCAGGGAAUACAUCCGGAAGAAUAGAGCAAGCAUCACAGAAACGGAUCUGAAACACGGGAACCUUGUCGCUCGACUGAGCGACUUCAACGCAUCGGGAUUCGACGACCAGCCAGACCUUGGAUUAAAAGGGAAACCAGCACAGGGACUUGAGUCCAUAAGUCACUCCCUUCCUCGAGAUCCCGAGGCGGAUAGCACGGUCGAGUCGGAUUUGUUCGCUCUCGGGUCUACGCUUUAUGAGCUCAUCGCCGGACAAACCCCUUACGAAGGCCAAAGCCACGAAUCUAUAGAGACAUUAUUUCGAAAAGGAGAAUUUCCGAGCACAGAAGGGCUUCUGCUUGAGGAGGUCAUCAUGGGUUGCUGGAAACAAACGUUUUCUUCUGCCACCGACGUCCUCAACUCCAACAAGAACAUCUUCGGAGUGAAGGAAACGAAAGAAAUUGACGAGAUUGGGGCGAUUUAG